CACACGAGCCAACCGACGCAAGGGGCGCGAACGGUGACGCGUGGCGGCGCGGUCGACAAUCGAACGCGACGAUCGUGUGAAUCGAGAAUCCACAUAAACACGAACGCUGAUAGGCUUAAUUUUUCUGUCCAAAUCGAUUACACGGUCCGGAAAUAUUUGCAAGUACCAAAGCCGUGUUGUGUUGGGUGCAGCCGCCGGUCGUCGCACGUGUUUGAGUUGUGAAAAUACCACGUGGAGAAAUAGACAUUUUUAAAGAAAAUGAAAUAAUGAGAUGAUGAAAUAAUAACCUCGUGUUCUUCUGCAUGUUCUAAAGAUGAGGCAAUUAUCGGAGGAAAAAACGAAGCUCGUAUUGGAGAAGCUAACGAAAUACAUUGGCCCUAACGUGAAAAACUUGGUCGAUCGACCAGACGGUAUAUACUGCUUCCGGGAGAAAAAGGACAGGGUGUAUUAUGUGUCGGAGAAACUUUUAUCUUUGGCAAGUACCGUAAAACCCGAUCACCUGUUAAGCUUCGGCACUUGCUUUGGUAAAUUCACGAAAACGGGAAAAUUCAGAUUGCAUAUCACUGCGUUACAUCACUUGGCUCCUUAUGCACAACACAAAAUUUGGGUAAAACCUUCGGCGGAGCAACAGUUUGUUUAUGGAAAUCAUAUUAUGAAAUCAGGCCUCGCUCGUAUAACGGAAGGUACCUCUCAAUAUCAAGGAGUCGUUGUAUUUUCUAUGAAUAAUUUGCCACUGGGAUUUGGUGUUGCUGCAAAAAGUACAACCGAUUGCAAACAUGCGGAUCCCACGGCAACAAUUUGCUUUAACCAAGCAGACAUUGGACAGUACAUUCGUUCGGAAGACACAUUACUGUAAUAAAUUUAGGUCAUUUUUUAAGGAAACGAGGUAUAUAUCUAAUUUGUACAGUAUGUUUGAUGUUCCUUGCAUCUUCUGAUUUAGAUUUACAUAUAAGAGUUGUGUAAUCUUAUAAACAUUAUCAUAUAAUAUUAAAAACUAUACAUUCAUCGAUACAUGUACACACAUGUAUUAUAUACUCUCUCAUAACAGUAUGAGAUUCUUUUUGUAAAAAAAAUUACAAUAGAGCAUCUUCAUUAUAUUCCAUAAUUUUAUUAUAAAUGAACUUUUUGUGUAUUACAAAUUCAAUUUUUAUCAUCGAUAUAAAACGCAGAGAUGUAGAUCGUUUUACUUCAAUGUUCUACAUUACAUAAGAUCUUAGAAGAAUCACAUUAUUGUUUCUAGUAACAAAACUAGAAAUGUAUAUGUUAAUUUUUAACAAAUCGAAGUGUAUGUAUUUCACAAUACUAAUAAAAAUUGAUGCUCUUUUUUUUUUAAAUAGAUGAAAUAAAUAUACAUAGGAAUGAAAAGCUUUCGAUACUCUUUUCUCAGAGAGAAAAAAAUAUAAUGUACCAUAUGGAUUCAAUAUUAUAAAAUCAGACUCUUUAUCUCGUUCUUACAGUCUCACAUUUUUAAUGGCUACACUGCAUCUCUGCAGACCACCUUCCUAGCACCAACAUAUUCUGAGACACACAAUUUUAUUUAAUUGAAUUAUGUUCUCGUUAUAUACUUGCGGAAUAUUUUGGCUUGUUUCCCGCAAGGAAAUGCCGGUGAUCAAAUAUUUUUUUUUUUAAUUAUCCAUGAUUAGUGACGUGUAAUUAGAGAGAUUUGUUAGAGAAAAUAAAAAAAGCUUCGUAAAAUAAAAUUUGCAUGAUGUAUUGAUGCCACAAAGCAAAAAGAGAAUGCAUUUUCACAGAUCACGAAAGUACGGUACGACUUAUGACUAGCGUAAACUGGCUAAGACUUGCAAACUUAUUUGAAUUAACUGCCCUUUUUUUUCAUUCAGUUACAGUAAAUGCAGAUAAUGCAGACCAGUUUCCAAACGUCGAAUUAUGAGCUAUCGUGAAUCGCGAAUAACGUUUUAUCGUUUAACACAUUUUUGAUCGUGUAGCACAAAAAAAUUGACGAAAUAUAUAUGAAAAAAAUAUAAACCGUCUAAAAAAAUUCAACAUUACUGCCAAAUUACAAUUGCGUUUGCUCGCAUUACAUUAUCGUUUACAUGCUUUCGUCUGCUUACGAAUUUCAUAUCAUGCCCACUCAUCACUUCUUACAUCUCGAUAUCACUCUUAAUCCUUUAUUGAUCGCAUAUGCGGGACACAGUUUACAAAUUCACAAUAUAUCACACGAUCAAUUAAGAGUCAAGAAUGAGAUUGGAGUUGGAGUAUUUUUUCAUGCCUUUACCUCGACACUUUCAUAUGUUAUAAGCUACCUUACUGCGAUGAAUCAGGUAAUAAAUGAUUAUAAAAGUUACCCGAUA